AUGCUUCCCCCACCAAGGGAUGCCAUUGCCAAGGCUGUGUAUUCCCUGCUCUUUGACUGGCUCCUGGAGAAGAUCAAUGGAUGGCUAGCCCCUCAGGAGAUGGACAGCACUGUGGGCAUUGUUGACAUAUAUGGCUUUGAGGAUUUGGGGGUGAACAGUUUGGAGCAGCUAUGCAUCAACUUUGCCAAUGAGCAUCUCCAGCACUUCUUCAGCCAGAUAGUUAUUGCCCAGGAAGAGGAGGAAUACACCCAAGAAGACCUAGUCUGGAUUCCCAUUUCCAAGAUUCACCAAGAGUCAUGCCUGGAUCUGAUUGCUUCAAAGCCCCAUGGUAUCUUGCGCAUCCUGGAUGACCAGACAUCAUUGACCCAGGCCACUGACCAUACCUUCCUCCAGAAGUGUCAUUACCAUCAUGGAAACAGUCCUUUGUACACCAAACCCAAACUGCCUUUGCCAGUCUUCACUGUGCGGCACUAUGCAGGUCCUGUCACCUACCAGGUCCACAAGUUCUUGAAUAAAAACCAUGACCAACUACGCUCAGAAGUCCUUGAUAUUUUCUCCCAGAGCCGCCUCAAGCUUAUGUCCAAAAUUUUCCAGAGGGCCAAAGAUCAUCACAGCCAGUACAGGGAGCUGGGAACAAAGGGCAAAGGGCUCAAGCAUCCAGCCUCGACCCUGGUGUCCAGAUUCCAUCAGUCCCUACUAGAUCUCACAGCCAAGCUGGGAAGGAGCCAUGCUUUCUUUAUUCGAUGCAUCACGCCCAAUUCAAAAAAGUUGUCAAACAUCUUUGAUGUGGAAUAUGUCACUUGUCAGCUGAGGCAUUCUGGGAUACUGGAGGCCAUCCAUAUCAGGAAGGAAGGAUACCCUAUCCGCAUCCCAUUCCAGCCCUUCUUAGUCAGGUAUGGGACUCUGGGUGGACCUACACGGAGCAAUUUGCAGGAGAGGGACGACUGCAUCGCAGUGCUGUUGCGUGUGGUGGGGGACGCCUCGGAGCUCUAUCAGAUCGGCAUAACGAAGGUCUUUCUGAAGGAGAAGGCCAAACAGCUACUGGAGAGACGGUGGAGGCAGAAGCAGAGCUGGGCCAUUGUCACCCUCCAGCGGAGACUCCGAGGCCUCAUCAGCCGUAGGCGCUUUCAGGUCCUCCGGCAGAAGGUCACAGUCAUCCAGGCUCAUUUCAGAGGUCACCUAGCAAGGAAACGCUACAAGCGACUGAAGAAGACGGUGGUGCAGUUCAGGAGAGCAGUUUUAAUCUCCAGGCCUUUGGUGCAAAGAAGGAAGCACUGCUGGCCCAGCUUUGUAGCUUCCCAUCUGGACAUCUGUGUCUUUACAAUGCCGACAAACAGGAGAACCCAGGAGUGA